GCUAUUGCCAGGUGAAAUUCAGAUAGCCGGGCAACAUCCUUUUUCUAACAAUGCAUCUGAAACACCUUUGUUCAUUCCCCAACAGAGAGCACAGCCCCCACCCCAACACUGUGGUUUGUGGCUGAGACGGCUUUGCUCUACAUUAUUACCUGAGAAAGAACGAGAAAGCGACAUUUCUCACCUAACAGUUUCAUUUACAAGAAGAGUAACUGAAACAAGUUAGAGAAGAGGAGCCGUCGACAGCUGCAUGGAACAUUGUCGAAAACAGUAGCCCCAAGUCUCUUUUGCCCUACACGGACCGAUCAAACCAUUAUGUGCACCUCUUUGGACACUUUACUCGCUAACUCAGUCUAGAGGUUGCUGAGGAAAUGGACACAAUGGAACAGUGGUUCUUACCAGGGUUUCUGGCUCUUUCUAUGGUUCUCGGUGAAGGGCCAACUUGUGAUUUUAGUCCUGAAUGCUACAAGCAAUCUGAAGAAUCUACCACCUAUACAUGUGAAUGGAGUCCACAGUUUGUGAAGAAUGCCACCUAUGAACUUUUUUUCAGGCGCUCCAAUUCCACAGCGGAUACAUCCCUGGGCUCUAGCAACAGCAGCUAUAUCCAUGUGACUGAUGAUAAACUGAUCACCAAAGUGUCGGUGGAUGUAUGGGUGGUCGCUCACACAAAAUACAAGAGCUGCAACUCAUUCACAUUCUCUGGUAUACUCAGUGAAAGAGUCAAGUAUGGAGCUCCCCAAAUGAUUUCUAUGUCAAGAACCUCAAGUAAUCUCACCCUCCGCUGGGGAAACAAGAAAGGUGAUGCAGUGGAUGUCGAGGUCAGAAGAAGAGAGAACAGCUCAGGGACAUGGAAUACUUCCAAAUUCCAAGUCAAUAAAGCCAUGCUCACCCUUGAGGAUCUCCAGCACCAACAAGUGUACCAACUGCAGCUUAGACAAAAGUCCAAGAUCGCCAAACAUCCCUUGUGGAGUGACUGGACUCCGAUCCUUAAUGUUCCCACUGAAAUCCAAGAUCCACCAGAGGUUAACUGGACAGUCGUAGAUUUCAGCAAUGGUACCCGUCUACUUAAAUUGAAUUGGGGUAUAUCAACUUAUCCAGUAUCUGUCGGACAGGUGAAUUAUAACCUUUCUCUGCAUAUUUGGCCUUGCCAAACAAAUCAGAAGAACUGGAGCAAUAUCAAAUCCACUGAGUUCAAUGUUUCUGUGACUUAUUCUGCUGUCAGUGGUUCAAUUGCUGCUUUUAAUAAGGUGGGAAAUGUACAACAGAGAAAUUUCCUUAUCCCAGCAAAACAUCUUACAAAUUGCAGCAAGGCUUGGCGUAUUGACAAACCCACUCCACACAAGUAUGUGCCGGUCCUUAAGAAAUCCUGCCUGGAGUGGUACAAGCUGACAGAUGGAGAAACAUCACCACACAAAGUGAAUAUAAUAGUUAAACAAGUGAACGAAACACUACAAACUAUCAGAAAAGAAAUGGACGACUACCUGCCCUACUACUAUUUCGUUCACCAUCAAUCCGACAAACGGCUACCGCAAACAAUAGAAAUGUGCCUCAUGUAUAAAAUGGAGGGAGUGCCCAGGAAGGCACCUGAGAAUGUUACUGUUCAUUCAACAACCACUUCUGCAGUGCUGCACUGGAACCAUAUUCCUCUGUCACACCGACAAGGGUUCCUUACAUACUAUAAAAUCUGCUACAGAAGAACCCAAAAUGGCAAAGGCAACGCUAAAACCGAGUGUCACAACAUUUCAGCGUCAGAAACAGAGUACAGUAUUCAAAACCUGACACCUCAGUCCACAUACGAAAUCCAACUCUCUGGUGGAACAGUGGCUGGGUUUGGGCCACCAGAAACCAUCAAUGUCAUGACUCAAACCCAGUUUCCUGGCUGGAUCAUACCUGUUGUCGUUUUAAUUGGAAUAUCAAUAACACUAUGUUUCAUUUACAUAAAGAGACAUCAAAGCAAGAUCUUUCCACCAAUACCACGUCCUGUGGUUGUGGAAUAUUCGAUCUUUCGAGUGAGAAAUCAGGACAUGGAUGAGAUUAAGGAGGAGGUACAUGAGCUGCAGCUGCACGACAAGAGGAGCAAAGAGCCCAAAUCUGAGGAGACCAAUCUGCUUAACGUGUGCAGGAGAUAUGAGUGUGAAGACACUGAUGAGAACAGCCUGGGAGAUCCAAUGAGCCCUGAAUACGAGGGCCAGGUGUUACGGCUAGAAACUGUCGAUUCAAACCCAGCAGAGACUGACUGUGAGGUGGCCAUGCUUAUGUACAGGAAUGGUCUGGUCUUUGACAUGAAGGCCGAAUACACAGAGGAUGCUGGAACCCCCUUGUAAACCUCACAGCAGUCAUUUGAAUCAUUCUUGUUGAUAACUUAAUUAGGAUAAAUAUUGGCAUAUUUCACGGUGACUGUUUUCCUGGGAUCUGAUCGUAAACGGUCAAAUCUUAUUUUUUUUUACUUAGAUGUUGAAAUAAAGACCAAUGCCGAUGGGACAUAUUCAGACAACUUAAAACUAAGGAAUGGGAACCACUGUGGUAAUUGACUAAAAAGUAAAUAAAAUCAAUUAGAUGACCCUGAUUCCCAAACAUUUGGGACACUGCGUGAAAUGCAAAUAGUGACAGAAUGCAGUGAUGUACAAAUCAUUUAAUCCCAAUAUUUUAUUUAAAAAAAUGGUAC